UGAAGUGGUGGAUUAUAAAUUGAGUUCAAUAGAUUUAGUUAAAAAUGUCAUCUUUGUAACUGAACCUCUGGGUUCAAUAAAAAAUGAAUCAGUGUGGAUUUCCUGGAUAGCCCUGUAGCUUGAGUAUGCUGUCAAUAUAUAAAGCAGUCCACCAUCUUUAAACAGAAGUGUUGCUAUCCCAUAAAUACAGUAGAGCCCCAUAUGUUUAGGAUUUUCAAUUUUUUUUCUGUUAGAAAGUUUGAAAAAAAGAGACUUUGAAGUAUUUUGUUUAUACUAACAGAAGAGAAAAGUUCUCCUAAGAAAAAGCUGGUGGCAGGAGUGUAGAGGAGUAGCAUAUGGCAUUAAAAGGAGCACAGCUGGAGGUAGCAUUUCCAUCUGAACAUGAUGUCAGAGCAGCUGACAGCCUGCCAUCCCUCAGCCUUUUAUUCUAACACACAGACAGGGAGUUAGUGUGUGCAGAUCUGUGUGUGGAGAAGGUAUCUCAUUCCUCUCUAACAUCAUCUCCACUUUGCAUCUGUCUCUCUUAGUCUGCUUUUUUUCCACCGAUCUAACAGACCUGGAGCCAGCAAGACUCAGAGGAAAGGACUUAAUCAGGUUUAUGUGUACUAAAGGUUAUGAAGACAAUAUGGAGUUUCCUGAUCAUAGUAGACAUUUGCUACAGUGUCUGAGUGAGCAGAGACAUCAGGGUUUUCUUUGUGAUUGCACAGUCCUGGUAGGAGAUGCCCAGUUCCGAGCUCACAGAGCUGUACUGGCUUCAUGCAGCAUGUAUUUCCACCUCUUUUACAAGGACCAGCUGGACAAAAGGGACAUUGUUCAUCUGAACAGCGACAUUGUUACAGCCCCAGCUUUCGCUCUCCUGCUUGAAUUCAUGUAUGAAGGGAAACUCCAGUUCAAAGACUUGCCCAUUGAAGACGUGCUAGCAGCUGCCAGUUAUCUCCACAUGUAUGACAUUGUCAAAGUCUGCAAAAAGAAGCUGAAAGAGAAAGCCACCACAGAGGCAGACAGUACAAAAAAGGAAGAAGAUGCCUCAAGUUGUUCGGACAAAGUGGAGAGUCUCUCCGAUGGCAGCAGCCACAUAGCAGGAGAUUUACCCAGUGAUGAAGAUGAAGGAGAAGAUGAAAAAUUGAACAUCCUGCCUAGCAAAAGGGACUUGGCGGCUGAGCCUGGGAACAUGUGGAUGAGAUUGCCCUCAGACUCAGCAGGCAUUCCCCAGACUGGCGGAGAGGCAGAGACACACGCAACAGCAGCUGGAAAAACAGUAGCCAGCCCCUGCAGCUCAACAGAGUCUUUGUCCCAGAGGUCUGUCACCUCCAUGAGGGAUUCAGCAGAUGUUGACUGUGUGCUGGACCUGUCUGUCAAGUCCAGCCUUUCAGGAGUAGAAAAUCUGAACAGUUCUUAUUUCUCUUCACAGGACAUGCUUAGAAACAACCUGGUUCAGGUGAAGGUGGAGAAAGAGGCUUCCUGUGAUGAAAGUGAUGUUGGCACUAAUGACUAUGACAUGGAACAUAGCACUGUGAAAGAAAGUGUGAGCACUAAUAACAGGGUACAUUAUGAGCCAGCCCAUCUGGCUCCUAUGAGGGAAGAUUCUGUCUUAAGGGAGCUAGAUAGAGAGGACAAAGCAAGCGAUGAUGAAAUGAUAACUCCUGAGAAUGAGCGAGUCCAAGUGGAAGGAAACAUGGACAGCAGUUUGCUCCCUUAUGUGUCAAAUAUACUUAGCCCUGCUGGCCAAAUUUUUAUGUGUCCUCUCUGCAACAAAGUCUUUCCUAGUCCCCACAUUCUGCAGAUCCAUUUAAGCACGCACUUUCGAGAGCAGGAUGGGAUCCGCAGCAAGCCUGCUACUGAUGUCAAUGUCCCGACCUGUUCCUUGUGUGGUAAGACUUUUUCUUGCAUGUACACCUUGAAACGUCAUGAGAGGACUCAUUCAGGUGAAAAGCCCUACACUUGCACCCAGUGUGGGAAGAGCUUCCAGUAUUCCCACAACCUGAGCCGCCAUGCUGUGGUUCACACCCGGGAGAAGCCACAUGCUUGUAAGUGGUGUGAACGCAGGUUCACGCAGUCUGGAGACCUUUACAGACACAUUCGGAAGUUUCACUGUGAGUUGGUGAACUCGUUGUCUGUCAAAAGUGAAGCACUGAGCUUACCUACUGUCAGAGACUGGACCUUAGAAGAUAGCUCACAAGAACUUUGGAAAUAAUUUUUUAUAUAUAUAAAUAAUAUAUAUAUAAAUAUCUAUAUAGUUGUGGUACAGUCUAAAAGCAAUCUUGUUUCCUUGAUCUGAAAGUUUGGCUAUUAGCUUGUUUUUGCACUUUAAGGCAGCAUGAACAUUUCACUAAUUUAGCACUCUGAGAAAAUGAACUUUAGAAGUAAUAUGACAAAAUAAUAAACUACAGAGGAUUUUUUUUUGCCCCUCUUUUUGGAAUAUAAGCCAGUAAAUAUUUCGCUGUUAAAGGAAAUCUCAAAUUGUAAAAAGAUUUUACAUUGCUUUAUUCUCUUCCACCCCUCAAACACUGCAUUAUUUUAAGACCCAAAUGUUUUUCAUUAUUUUAAAAAUAUGAAUGUAGAAAUCCCCUUCAGUUUUAUUAGUUCCUUUACAUUUCUAAAAUUGUAUGAGUCCUUUCUAACUGUUGGAAACCUGAAUGCUUUUAGACCCAAAUGGAAAAUUUCUGAAAUGCUGGAUUAUCUAUUUUUAAACAAGCAGUUGACUUAAAACUUAUUAUGGCAACUUCUGGAUUUCUGACAGUUCCCACUGGAAAAAAUAAUUCUGAAAGUACACUGGGAUCACUGGGACUCUGUUCAGUCUGUGAAGGUUUGCUUGGGAUGAAAACGGAUAUUGCAGCUUCAGCAGUGAUGAACUGUGUGUUUAAAAAUGUGAAUUACUGUUAUUGUAUACUGUAAUUGAUUACAUGGGUUGGGGGGGUGUCAAAGAACUUGGCAGGUUGUGUUGAUGCUCUUAGUUGAGUUUUGAAAAGUAAAUAUUAACGCUACAGAAAUGCAUGAGUUUCAGUAUAUUUUUGUCUUUGUUUGCAUUGUAUAACUUUAAUGAGUGAGUUUAAAAUUAUUUAAUUUCCUUAGGAAAAAACACCACUGAAAAAAAACUGGUGUUAUGAAGAACAUAAAUGCACUGUUUUUAUUUUAUAUAAUUUAAAUUUACUUUCCCACUGUCUUUAAGUUGAAUAAAACUUAAGCUACAAGUUGAUAAUUUAGCAACAUAAGAGGAAGAUAUUAAUGUUUACAAACAGGCUUAAAGAUUUGCAUGUGCUGUGUGCAUUUAUUAAAAGAAAACCUAAUUGCACAAAAUCCACGCCAGCUCAAACUUUAGAUGCAUACAUUUACCCAGAUGAGCAUUUUUAGAAUUCCUGCUGCACAAAUUAACAAUAGGUCAUUCUUAUUCUUCUCUCUCACCCCCCACCCCCUUUUGAAAAGAUUCUAGGGACUGAAAAAGCCCCAGGCUGAAAGGACUAGAAAGCUUUGAUUGACAUGGGGAAAGGGGGGGGGCAGGGUGGUUAGUGGACUCUGUGUAUCCAAGCAGCAGAGACUGCAGCCUGAUGUGUGGUUUUAAUGACCAACACACAGGUCAAAAGCAUUUUGCACAGUGUUUGUUUUCCUGUCUUGCACUUACAAAUAAGGUCUAUGGGAGUAGCAUGGAAAACGUUUGCUGUUUUUCCUUCUUUUUCUGCUUUUGUUUAAAAUUUGAACGCCUUAACUACUGUAAACAUAGCCUAUUUUUGUGCUUAAGAUACUGAAUGGAAAACUCCAUUGUGUAUUGCUGGACUGUUUUGGAAAUAUUUGGUCAAAUGUGUGUUAAGUUGGCUGUACCCUGUAAUGGCAUUUAAAACAAAACAAAAAAAAAGCUGUGAAAAUGGCCUUGGAGCAUUAUCUUUAGUUACUUGAAUAGUUUCUAGGUUUUAAAAAUACAUUCUUUUAUUAAUUUAGAAAAGACAAUCAGUGUCUGAGAAAUGGAUUUUCUCUUGGAUUUUUUUUGUGGUCCUCAUGAGUGAUUGCUUAUUUUCUUUUAUUAGUUUCACAUUCUUCUUUUGUUCUAAAACUUAGACUGACAUCUAGCUUUGACAAUCAUAGUAUGUUUUAUUUUCCUGAGGGGGGAAUAACUUAUAAUGCUGUUUAGUUUUGUACUAUUGGUGUGUUGGUGAAUUUUUAAACUGUGUGCUAACUGCAAUAAAUUAUAUGAACUGAGAAAUCAAUUCCCUUGUCUUUUUUUUCCCCCUCUUUUAAAUUAUAACUAUGGAGUAUUUUUUAUAUUGUGUAACUUUAUUACUUUUGUACAGACUUCUAUUGCUAACUGUGUAUGGAAUAUGUUUUCGGUAUGCUUUUAAGCACUCUGUUGCUAACAUGCAUAUAUAUUUACCUCUCUCAUUUAACAUUUAAAAAAUUAAAUGCUU